AUGCCAAUCGUCAACGUCGAAGAGACAGUCAAGAGUCCUUUUGAUUACGUCGUGAUAGGAGGAGGAACUGCCGGACUCACUGUUGCAGCUCGUCUCUCAGAAGAUCCCUCCGUAAAGGUCCUCGUACUAGAAGCGGGAGAGGAAAAUCUCAAUGAUCCCUUGAUUGAAGUUCCAGCCCAAUUUUUGAGGACCUUCGGAAAUCCUAAGUAUGACUGGGCAUUUCCUGUAGUAAAGCAGAAGCACGCCAAUAAUAUUGAGCACAUGUGGCAAAGAGGAAAAGGUUUAGGUGGCAGUUCUGGCAUGAACUUUUUUGCAUGGAUAAAACCACCCGCGGAGGAUAUUAAUGCAUACGAGAAGCUAGGAAAUCGAGGAUGGAACUGGGCUGAAUACGAGAAAUACUCUAAGAGAUCCGAGACCUUCCAUCCGCCGACUAAGGAGCAGACUGAUUUGUAUCCACACAAAUUCAUUGUCGAGCAUCGAGGCACAACCGGUCCAAUUCAAGUAGCUAUAUCUCAUAGUGUGCACACUUUGGAUGAGCUUUUCCAGGAGACAAUGGUGAAUAAAGGGCUAAAAGAGGUUGACGAUCCUUACGAUGGCGAUAUGACCGGGACCUGGAUUGCAUCCUCUAGUAUCGAUCCAAGAACUUGGACCCGUUCAUACUCUGCCAAUACGUAUCUCGUUCCCAAUUUGAAGAGGGAGAACCUCAGCGUAUUGACAGGAGCUUAUGUCUCUAAAGUGCUUCUCAAUGAGAGUGAAGGAAAUGAUGAUCGUAUUGUUAAUGGAGUAGAGUUCAUACAUGAUGGAACUAAACACAAAGUUAUGGUCGACAAAGAGGUGAUCCUAAGCGCCGGAUCCAUCAAGUCUCCACAGAUCCUAGAGCUGUCUGGCAUCGGAAAUCCAGAUAUAUUGGAACCGUUGGGAAUUAAGGUAGAGAUUAGCCUCCCCGGUGUCGGUGAGAAUGUUCAGGAACAUUACGGCUGUCCUGUUACCUUCGAACUCGAUCCAAAGAUACCCCACGAAACGUUGGACUUCCUCAGAGACCCAGAGUACGCAGCCAAGCAAAUUGAACUCCAUGCUUUAGGGAAAGGCGCAUUCCGCAAAGGACUGACCUCGUUUGCGUACUUCCCAUUGACGGCGAUUGAUCGCUCCGAAGCCUUGAGAAUUAUCUCACAAGCUGAAGAGGAAGUCAAAGCUCUCGAAAAGAGCGGAACGCUUAGGCCUGGCAUCAAAGAGCAACUGGACAUUCAGUUAGAUAUCCUCAAAGAUGAGAAAGUUCCAGAUUGCGAAAUUGUCGUUAUGCCCUUUUUUGCUUCCAGGGCUGUUGCUCCUGAACCGGGAAAGCUAUACACUACCUUGGUAGGAAUUUUGAACCACCCAAUGUCUAGAGGGACUAUCCAUAUCCAAAGCAGUGACCCUCUCCUCAACCCAACGAUUGACCCACACUACCUUGAAAGCGAAACCGAUCUGGAAGUUCUUGCACAGCAUGUGAAGUUUAUCAAGAGCCUUGCUGAUACAGAGCCAUGGAAAUCAGGCAUUAUUCGUGAGACCGACCCCGGUGAACACCUCAAGACAGACAAUGAAAUCAAAGAAUAUGUGAAAAACUGCAUCGCGACCAUCUGGCACACAACCGGGAGUUGCUCGAUGCUUCCUCGAGAGAAAGAAGGCGUGGUAGAUUACAACCUCAAGGUGUAUGGGACCAAAAACCUACGUGUAGUUGAUCUAUCCGUGCUUCCUCUUCAGAUUGCAGCGCACACUCAAGCUACCGCAUACUUCGUCGGAGAAAAAGGUGAGAACACCCGUUAA